UUAAAGUCAGGUUUUUCAAAAGAAGCUGCACUAGCAGAGCUACCUUUGACAACACCACCUGACUUCACAAGCUAGAAGUAGAAGAAAAUGGACGACCCAUGGCAGAAGGCUUAUGACUUUGCAGUUGAAGUGGCAAGAAAAGCUGGGGCGGAAAUUAGGAAAGCUGGGGAGAGUGAAAUAAGGGUCAUGACGAAAAGCUCCACUGUGGACCUUGUCACUAAGACUGAUGAGAGAGUGGAGAAAAUCAUCAUUGGGUCUCUUAAAGAGGAAUUUGGAGAAGGCACACACUGUUUCAUUGGGGAGGAGUCUGUCGCAAAGGGGGAGACAUGUGUCUUAACUGAUAAACCCACAUGGAUCAUAGACCCAGUGGAUGGCACCACAAACUUUGUACAUGGAUUCCCAUUUGUGGCUGUGUCAAUUGCCUUCGCUGUCAAUAAGGAGUUGGAGUUUGGUGUGGUGUACAGCUGCUUGGAAGACAAGAUGUAUAAAGCAAGGAGGGGGAAGGGAGCUUUCUGCAAUGACGAACCAAUUCAGGUGUCUGAUGUAAAAGAUAUCAACAAGUCCAUUAUCAUCUCUGAGCAUGGAACUGACAGGAGCCCAGAAAAAGUAACCAAAAUCUUCUCUACCAUGCAGAAGAUCCUCUGCAUCCCUGUGCAUGGCCUCCGUGGAUCUGGGACAGCUGCCACUAACAUGUGUCUGGUGGCGACAGGGGCAGUGGAGGCCUUCUUUGAGAUUGGGAUCCACUGCUGGGACAUUGCUGCUGGUGCAGUGAUAGUCAGAGAAGCUGGUGGAAUACUACUGGAUGUUGAUGGGGGACCAUUCGAUUUGAUGUCCCGAAGGAUGGUUUCAGCAAACAAUGACAUUAUUGCAAAGAGGAUCAUCAAAGAAAUUGAAGCAUUCCCAGUGACGAGGGACGAUGCUCCAAUACAGAAGAAAUGAGGAGAUUCAUAGACCCUGUUUGCACUGAAUUCCCAAAUGCAUUGCAAAAAAAGUAGUAAGUGCAGUCUGUUGCUUUGUAUGUGUCCAAAUAAAGGUAUUGUGCUGUAA